AUGAAUGGCGAUCUUUACCCCCCCAAGGAUACAAUCCCGGAUGUAAGUCACCCACAGGUCAAGCAGUGGGUGUCCGAAAUCGACUGGUCAAAGGUCCCUCAGAUUCCUGUCGCAGGAGGACUUCCAGACUCGCCUCAUUUUCCGAACUGCCCGCCGGAUGAUGAGGUCGACAAGCGAUCGUGCUGGUGGUCUUGUGACGGGUGUGUUCAGCCCUCGGAUGUGGUGACAUGUCCUAACCAGAGCGACUGGGGACUGACAUAUGAUGACGGACCAAGCGUGGCGAGUAGGGAGAUGAUGAAGUACUUGAACUCGAAUAAGAUCAGCGCGACUUUUUUUAUUGUCGGGAGUAGAGUGCUUGAGUACCCUGAUAUUCUGAGGGAGCAGGUUGCGCAGGGCCAUCACAUUGCUAUGCACACUUGGUCGCAUGCUGGCUUGACUACCUUGACCAACGAGCAAAUCGUCGCCGAGGUUCGUUGGUCCGAAAAGAUCAUCCGUGAUGCCACUGGCCUGACGGUGAAGUAUAUACGCCCUCCCUAUGGCGAUGUCGACAAUCGUGUACGCGAAAUCUUGCGCCAGAUGGGAUACGUAACCGUGAUUUGGACCCUAGGUUGGGACACCAACGACUGGCGCGUUGCCAUGAACCAGAUCCAGCCGGACGAGAUCAUGCAAACCUUCGAGAACGCACUCGACAACCGCGAGCUGAUCAGGUCCUCGACUGGUGGUCCCGGUGGUCCCGUAACACUGGAGCACGACUUGACAGACGGCACGAUUUACCUUUCGAAGCAGAUCAUCCCCAUGGGCAUGAACCGUGGUUUGAGGCCCAUGAGUCUGGAUAGGUGUUUGAACGAUGCUAGCCCUUACCAGAAGGGUUCUUUGACGGAUCAGAAGGCCAAUGGCGGUGCAGGCAAUCAUACCAGCCUGGCCACGAAACCAGGGAUCACUACGCCGGGCAAUGGUGCAGCUGAUUACAAUGGAUCAACGGCGCAGGAUACGAAGAACGAACAGGGUCUGUCGAUGAGCAAGAGCGAAGCUAAGGCUAUGAUUCACAAUGGCGCUCAGACUAUGGGUUAUACGGUUAUGGGAUUGGCCAUGGUUGCGUCGUUGAUGAUGGCCCUGUAA